CUAUAGUAAUGGUGAAAUUGAUCAAAGUAGCUCCUCUAGUAAAACCUGAUAUCAGUAACCAUAUCACUAUCCUGUACCAUUCGGUUUGUUGAGCCAGAGCUGUAAAAAAUGAUGCGAAAAAUAGUUUUAUUUUAAGAAAACAAAAAAAUUACGCUCUGUGUUAAUAGUGAUUUUUUUUAAACGAGGGAGAAUCCAUAAAUCUUCGUUCGAAAGCAAAUAAUAAUCGUGAUUGUAAAAUAGACUAGCAAAAAAAUUAGCACAAAAAGAAAUUAAGUAUAGGCCUCAAUUAUACUGAAAGCUUAAGUUUUUUUUUUCUGAGAUUUUUACCUAUUCUGUGUGGCUCCAUCAAGCUGCCAACAAAAAAGUCACAGUAACAUUAGAAUAUUAAAUGUUUAUAAUUGAAACAAUUUCAAAUUCGUAAAAACUAAGGAAACUAAAGAAGAAUCAAUAUUUUUUUAAUGAGGAAUCAAUUAACAUUUUGCUCAAUAUACAACAAAAAGGUUCUGCAUUUCGAGGUUAUGUUUUUGACGAAUUUCGAGGUUAUGUUUUUGACGUCAUUGAAAAAUCUUAAUUCCAUUGUUUACUGCGCAGUUUCGGUUUGAUAUUUUUUUAUUUUCGUAGUUUUUCUUAUCGUUUUUUCUUGUAUAAACAGACAUUUUUAACGCUUGAGGAGUUUUUUUGAACAUUUUUCUUUAAAAAUGAAGUUGACAUUUUUUUUGGCUCAUUUGAAUUCCCUUAUUUUUCGUAUUUAGGACAGGAAUGAAAAUCAAUUUCAGAAAUUGUUAAAGUCUAGUUAAAAAAUAUGAAAAAACUACCAAAGAAAUUUGUUUCAUUCAUUUUUAUAAUUUAAUAUAUAUUUUAAUUUCAAAAAAAUAACUUUUGGCGCUUAAAUUAAUUAGAAUCAUCCUCAUAUUUUAAAAGAUAAAUUUAUAAACAAAAAAAAUGUGAAUAAAGAAAGUUUUCACUUGAGGUUUUUCAAUGGAAAACUUUUUUAAAAAGAAAAUGUAGCACUUAUUGACGUCAUGAACAUAAACUAAGAGUUUCCUGUCCCGUGUUGCCAAUGUUAUUAUUUUUCUUACCUAGUAAAUUAUACUAAUCGCAUAUUUAUAUGUAUGUUUGGUUGCCUACAUAAACAUCCUUCAAUAUUAUCGGAAUGUAAAUAGAUGUCAUGCGUAUCACGUAUAAUAGAGAGUAAUAAAAAUUUUUUCGUUUAACAAACCGGUAUAAACAAUUUAUAAUUUGUGAAAAAAAAGUUGUUUUUCUUCAAAGUUCGUGUUGUAUAUUUUGUGAUAUAAAGAAAAAUUAUCGUGUAUAAAUAUUUACUGGAAUUCCAUUAUACACGUAACCUUAUUUACUAUAGGCUGCAAAUUUUAAGAAACAACCGAUGGCGGUUAGAAAAAAGUCUGGUCCAAAGUUCGAACUAAACGACGAACAAAAAAACGAUAUAAAAGAAGCUUUCGAUCUAUUCGACAACGAAGGUAGCGGAAAAAUAGACGCAAAAGAUUUAAAAGUAGCGAUAAGAGCUUUGGGAUUCGAACCAAAGAAAGAGGAAAUUAAAAAGAUGAUAGCGGACAUCGAUAAAGACGGUACAGGAGAAAUAUCUUUCGAAGAUUUCUUACAGUUGAUGUCUGUAAAAAUGGCCGAGAAAGAUUCCAAGGAGGAAAUUAUGAAAGCUUUCAGGUUGUUCGAUGACGACGAAACUGGUAAAAUCAGUUUUAAAAAUUUAAAACGAGUCGCUAAAGAACUCGGCGAGAAUUUAACGGAUGAGGAAUUACAAGAAAUGAUCGACGAAGCCGAUAGGGACGGGGACGGGGAGAUAAACCAGGAAGAAUUCCUAAGAAUAAUGAAAAAAACUAGUUUAUAUUAGAAAUUUAGUGUUAAAUGUGAUUUAGGUUUGUUUUUUUUUUAUAUUUUUUUAAUUGGAAGUACAUCUACAACGCACCGUAUGCAAUUUAAAACACGAAUAAUAAACCAAAUUUU